AAGUUAAAUAGAUGAAGGCCUAAGUUACUACUAUUACAUAAAAUUUUUACGAAAAACAAUAAAAAUAAAAAUAUAAAAAUAUAAAAAUUAAUGUUGCAAUAACUAAAGAAUGUUAGCAACUACUCCGUAUUAUCUACUCAUAGGCGUAUAGCAUUGUACUUCUCCUAAAAAAUCAAUCAUUUAAGAAUAUCCAUAAAUUGCCAAAAUAACUGAAUAAAAAGUAUUACACCAUAAAAUAAGAACAAGGGUCAAUAAACUAUUUGUCCACAUUCUUUCCAAUCUCACUUCAAAACCUCUAAAUCAGUCUCUAAAUUUUUCCGUCUCAAGUUUACCGGCCAUGUCUUCACCGGAAAACCACCUUUCUUUCUCUCUCCUUCUCAUUUUCUCUCUCCUCACUCUCACAUUUUCCCAGUCCCUCUCCUCGGAAAACCACCUUCUCCUACCCAGCAACCGGAAAUUCGGCCAAGACGACCAACUCUUCUGCGAAAGCUGGCGGUUUUCCGUCGAAACUAACGACGCCGGUAUUUGGUACACCAUUCCAACCCGAUGCUUUGACUUCGUGAAAAACUAUGUUACCAGUGACCGUUGUCGGACUCCGAAGUUGUCGCCGGAGAUGAGUUGGCAUUCGCGAAGUCUGUUGAUGUUUCCGGCGAUGGGAAGGAUGCUUGGAUUUUCGAUGUUGAUGAAACUCUUCUCUUCAAUUUGCCUUAUUAUGAGGAUCAUGGAUAUGGGUGAGAUUUUCUGUUUUUAAUUUUGCAAUUAAAUUGAUUAUUCUGUUUUAAUUGAUUCAAAUUUGGUAUAUAUUGGUUAUGACUGUUAUUGUUGGUUAUUUUGUCAUUAAUAUUGUUGGAAAUAAAGAAAGGAAAUUCAAAGGUUCAGAUAUGGGCGCCCGAUCGACCGAGCGAGACCUGCCGAUCGGGCGCGAGUAGAAUCGUAAAAUUCUGGAGUUCUGCCGCCUAUCGGGCAAGCUCCGCCCGAUCGAGCGCCCGACCUGGCGCCCGAUCGGGCGAGACCCGCCCGACCGGGCGCGAGAAGACGUUUGGAAAAAAGGGAGUGUCCGCCCGAUCGGGCGAGCUCCGCCCGAUCGGGCGCGUGUUUGUCCAUUGGACUCCAACGGUUCCCUUGGAUUCCUCUUCUUGUUUGAUUUCUUGUAACCCCCCAUUUAAGAGGUUGAUUAUGGUGUUUUUAAAGACCAUAAUAUUUCUGAUUUUCUCUUCUUUGUUCAUAGAAGAUUCCUCCAUGAGCUUUCAUCUUCUUUAUUCAUCUCUAUAAAUUGGAGGAUGUUUUCUGAUUUUUACAUACACAAGAAAUACAUAUCAAACACAAGCUUGCUUAAACACAUACUCUAUAUUGGGCAUAAGUUACUUGGCUCCAACCUUCCACCCAAAAGUGCCUUUGUGUGGAAGUGGUGUGUUAACCUUAGGGAACGUGCCGGCGAAUACAAUAGUUCACCCCGAUUGCGCCGGAAUUUCGUUUUCAAGUCAGUGAUUUGCAUCACGACAUACCGUACUCUUUCAUUGUCACGAGAUCAUUUUUUCGAUCUCCUUAUUUUAGAAUAUAGCCUUGAAAAUACUUCUUAUAUUACAACAAAUAUUAGUAAUUUUUAUGAAGAUAACAGCAAAUUUAUUGAUUAUCUGUUUAUAUGCAUAUGAUUAUAGCUCAAUACAUUUUAUUAGAUGAUGUUAGGAAUUGGUGUGAAGAAGAAAUUACCACAUUUUUUUGUUUGUUUAUGGAGAAAUUGUACUAAAUUAGACUAAGUUAUGCUAGUUUUGGAGAUUCUGAUGCUGGAUUUUGAUAUUGGGAAUGUCAUAAAUGAAAUUGGGCAUGAAAUUGUUAUGUUUUGUGGACUUGUGGUUAGAGGUUUUGAUCAAGUGUUUGAUUUGAUGGCGAAUCUAGUGUUCGAGAGAGGGUUAUAUUUGAAAGUUCAUAGGAUCAAUGUAUCCGUUUUUAUGCUGAUGGGAGUUGUAUAUUGAUAGUUAAGUCUAUCACAGAUUCAUAGCAAUGUGCAAUGUAUGUGUCUUCUUCAAUUCUUCUUUUGCUCCUUAUUUUAUUUGUAUUAAUUAAUUAAUUAAUAAUACUGGAAUUUAUUGUUUUUAUAGUACUAUAUGCUAAUCACUCCAUUGAAUUUUUAUUUGUCAGUAGUAGAUUAAUUUUUUUUAUUUGUCAGUAGUAGAUUAAUUAAUAUCAAUCAAAUUUGUUAAGUGUUAGUUUUUCGGACCCUAUUUUUUUGUUGUUGUAUGUGAUCAUGAGUGAAUGGUUGAUUACUGUGAUAAAUAUUAUGAAUGAAAUCUUAUUUGUUUUUGUUAGUUUGUGUAUGAAUUUUUUGUAGUUAGAAAAACUCUCAACUCCAGUGAGAAAAGUUCUUCCCUUUUGUCUUUCUCUUUUGCUCCUCUCUUUUAGUCCCCUAAAUUAGCUGGAAGUAUUAUACAGGGUACUUUUUAUGAUUUAAUUGUGGCUCCGGCGAUGCUCCUGAUUAUCAUAAGUUUAUGAGUUUGAUCAGAAUAAUGUUUUUAAUUAACCAAAAGUAAUUUAAAUAGGUUAAUGUCAUCUUAAAUUAGAUUAUAGAUUAUUGUGCAAUUUUUAGGAGAAUUUUAAGUAGGGAGGUUUUACAUAUACGUAGAUGUUCUAAGUGAAAUAAGAAUUAUUAGGCGCUUGGAAUGGGGGUAAUAGAUUAAGGGGUAAUAAAAGUCAAAAUAGGUAAAUUAGAGUAAACAUAGGAGAGAGGGAGCUUGUGAAGAUGUGAUUAAAAGAACCUUUAUGUAGUGGUGGAUUGGUGAUAGGUGAAGAAAGAGAACUAUUACCCUCAUUUAGGGGGUAAUAGGUUGCACUAGGGGGAGGUGGGUAAUAUUACCCUCAUUUUGAGGGUAAUGAUUCCUCCACCUCCCUAUUUAUUAUGUCACUACAACCCCAAUUCAUGACAUUGUGCCCAUACAAUAAUACCUCUAAUCAACUAUAAUUUACUUAGUUUGACUUUUAUUGUCCCCUAAUCUAUUACCCUCAUUCCAAGCGCCCCCUAAAAUGACUUACUAAAGGAGAAAUAAACUUUCAUCUAAAAUGUGGAUUGCAACAAAUGUAAAUAGCAUAAAAGUUGGACAAAUGUAAUUAGCACAAACAAAAAAAUACUCGCACACAUUAACAUGAAUGAAACUUUUAAGCUACACAACAAUAAUAAUUUACCUCCAACUGAUCAAAGGGUUACUAAUAUAGAAUUACAAAAAUUGUCUAAUAAUAAAUAGGAAUCGAUAGAUGACCAAAUUUAUUCCACAUGGCAAAAGUAAGUGUAAUCAGUUACCUAAAUUAAACACAUUUAAACAAUGUUAUUUAGUUCAAUUAUUCAAUUCAAUCCAACAAAUUAGCUAGCUAGAAACUAAUGAUUUGUGGUGGUUUCAGUGGUGGUUUUGUGGAGUUGUGUGGUUCUGGUUUCGUGGGUGGUGGCUUUGGGUGGCAGUUUUGUGGCGGUUCUGUGUUUAAUUGUGGUAGUUUUUUGGGUUGGAUUAAUCAUUUCCUCCCCUCUCACUACUAAUUACAUGCCCUUAUUUUUCAAUUAUUUGUGUGUAAAAAAAUAUAAACAAAAUUACAUGCCCUUAUUUUUCAAUAAUCAUGUUUAAGAUUUUUUACCUUGGGUUCUGCAUUGCACACACCCCAUUUGUGCAGAUAAUCGUUGACAAAGGAAGUAUGAAAGUAAUGGAUUCAUCCAAAAUUUCUAUGAGCACAACUACUGAAGAAGCUAAACAGGAUUUAAUCAGUAAUCUGCCAGCUAUCGCGACAGAUAAAAUUCUGAAACACUUGCCUAUCAAGAUGGCAGCCAAGAUGAGCGUGCUAUCAAGAAAAUGGAGAGAUAAUUGGCUGUCUCAAAAACACCUUGUCUUGGACAAAACUUUCUGGGAAAGAGAUAAUCAUGGCAUCAGCAAAACUUUCUGGGAAAUAGAUAAGCGAGAAGAUAAGUAUGGCAUCAUCAGCAGUAUACUCUUCCAUCACAAUGGAAAUAUACAUGAAUUCCAUCUUUUUCUUCCACAAAUGACCCGUAUUAAAAGCAUUCAUCUCAGUCAAUGGUUAUCGUUUCUUUCCAAGACUAAUACCGAAAAACUAGCUCUUAUAAAUUCUAAGUCUACCUACAUCAUGCCCAUUUCUUCUCAUAUAUACUUAUGCAAAGAGUUGCUCAAAUUGAGACUCGAGCAUUUAGCUCUGAAUCCUCCUCCUCGUUACUUCAAUGGUUUUAUGAAACUUCAGAGUCUUGAACUAUACAAUAUUACAUUCAAGAAUAGUUCUAUGAUUGCGAGUUUGAUUGCAGGUUGUCCAAGGCUGAUAGUUUUAAAACUCCUUUGUUGUAGCUUUAACUUGGAUCACCUUACUAUUGAUCUACCUAGUCUUGAAAGCCUAGUUAUUUCUGUAAAGAGGUUAGGAUGUCUUUGUUUCAAAAGCAUUGUAAGUCUUAAUAACAUCUCAUUGUGUUUAGACAAAAGACCUGAAAGUCAUCCAACAGUACUCAACUCGAUUAGGGAUCUUGCAACUUCAUGUCAACUUCAAUACCUUCAUUUUGGGGGCCAUUUGUGUGAGCAUUUGGCUGCAGGUGGUGUAACAAAAUCGCUUCCUCUAUCAUUCAACUACCUCAGUAAGCUUUGUUUGACAACAAUUAAAAUCAAUCGCGUAAAUGUGUAUCAUUUUGCUAUUGGCAUGGUGAAGAGUUGUCCUCGCAUCAAGGAUUUAGAAAUUUUAAUUCGUAAUGAAGGCAAAGCUGUUAUUCAGCAUGAAAUUGAUUUCGAUUACAGGAUUGACAGCUACAAAUUAGGCCACCUUACGAAGGUGGAAUUUACAGGCAUAACAGGAACAAUUGCAGAGCUGAAAUUCAUUGAGUACUUGCUUGCUGUCUCAGAAGUGUUAGAACUUUUUCUCUUUAAGUGCAAUAAUCUUGAUGCCACUUCAGAGCUAAAGCUGUCAAGAGAUCUGUUGCGACUCCGAAGAGCAUCAACAAAGGCUCAACUUAUUUGUAUGGAGCAGCAUAGGAUCUAAAAAUGUAGUUUUGAGUUCUCAGUAUUGUUGGUAGCUUAUUAAGUAAUGUUAUAUCCUUUUAUGGAAGAUAAACCUAUUUGUUCUCAGCUUAAGUACCCGAACAUUUGUUCUUUUCGAGUAUGGAAAUUUGAUGCAGUUUAGAGCUAAAGAUGUCAAGAGAUUUGUUCAGGUUCCAAAAAGUUAUAUAUUUGUUUGGAUUGUCUGCAAA